AUGAAUAAUUACGACUAUGAGAAAGAUAUUUCUGAAAGUAGUACAUCAGCAUCAAACAUAGGUUCUAUACUUCCUGUAUCAACCAUCAAAAGCAAUAAAGAUAAUGCAUUUGUUCAAAACUUUGACACAAUCAGUGAGAAUAGUGGAGAAUAUGAAAAGGUCAAAAGAGAUUUAAAGGCUAGACAAGUUUCUAUGAUUGCCAUUGGUGGUACUAUUGGUACUGGUUUAUUUGUUUCCACUGGUUCUUUACUUAGUACCACAGGUCCAAUUAUGGCAUUGAUUUCUUUCUUAUUUGUCACAACCCUUGCAUAUUCCGUCACACAAUCCCUUGGUGAGAUGGCCACAUAUAUUCCAAUCUCAGGUUCAUUUGCACAAUUCGUUACUCGUUGGGUAUCUAAAAGUUGUGGUGCCGCUAAUGGAUGGAUUUAUUGGUUUUCAUGGGCUAUUACUUUUGCCUUGGAAUUGUCUGUCGUUGGACAAGUCAUUCAAUACUGGACUGAUGCUGUUCCAUUAGCAGCUUGGAUUUCAAUCUUUUUCGUCUUGUUAACUGCUUCCAAUUUACUUCCUGUCAAAUUCUAUGGUGAAGUUGAAUUCUGGAUUGCAUCUAUUAAAGUCUUGGCUGUUUUUGGUUGGAUCAUUUAUGCAUUCAUCAUGGUUUGUGGUGCUGGUAAAACAGGACCUGUUGGGUUCCGUUACUGGAGAAAUGGUUAUGGAUGGGGAGAAGGUAUUCUUGUUGAAAAUGAUGGUAAAUACAUGGCGGCAUUUGUUAGUGGUUUAAUCAAUGCAGUUUUCACUUUCCAAGGUACUGAAUUAGUUGCCGUCACCGCCGGGGAAACAUCACCAAGAGCUCUUAGAAGUGCUAUUAAAAAGGUCAUGUUUAGAAUUUUGGUAUUCUAUGUUUUGUGUAUGCUUUUCAUUGGUCUUCUUGUUCCAUACAACGAUCCAAAACUUUCUCAAGAUGGUGGUUUUACUAGAAAUUCUCCAUUCAUCAUUGCUAUUGAAAACUCAGGCACUAAAAUUUUGCCAGAUAUUUUCAAUGCUGUUAUUGUUGUUACUAUUAUUUCUGCCGGUAAUUCUAAUGUCUAUUCAGGUUCUCGUAUCCUUUAUGGUUUGGCUGAAUCUGGUGUUGCUCCUAAGAUUUUCCUUAAAACCAGAUCUGGUGUUCCAUUUGUUGCUGUUUUAUUCACUGCAGCUUUUGGUGCUUUGGGUUAUUUGGCCUGUUCCGAAGAUGGUAAUAAAGCGUUCACUUGGCUCUUAAAUAUCAUUGGUACUGCAGGUUUAAUUGCUUGGGGUUUCAUUUCUGUCAGUCACAUUAGAUUUAUGAAAGCACUUAAGCUUCGUGGUAUUUCUAGAGAUACUUUACCAUAUAAAGCAUUUUUCAUGCCAUAUAGUGCCUACUAUGCUGUUGUUUUUGUUUUCACAAUUGUGUUAGUUCAAGGUUUUGCCGUCUUUUUUGAUUUCAAUGCUAGUGAUUUCUUUACUUCUUAUAUCUCAGUUAUCUUGUUUGUUAUUGCUUGGAUUGGAUUCCAUUUCUAUUUCUUUGGUUUCAGUAAAGAUGCAUUCAAAUGGAACAAUCUUUUGAUUCCAUUAGAUGAAUGUGAUAUUGACACUGGUGUCAGAGAUAUCAACGAUGCAGAAUUUGACGAACCACCACCAAAGAAUCUCUGGGAGAAAUUUUGGAAUUUAAUCGCUUAA